CACUGGCCUCUAGUUGGGGGAAGGAGAUGGGGUCAACCUGGAGGAGGGGCCGGGCUCCUCUCCCCUCACUAGCCCUUCUAAACAGAGCUGUUAAAGUGCUGCUGGAAAGGGCCCGCAGGCAGGAGCUCAAGAGAGGAGUUUCCACCAGAGAUGAGGCCCAGCAGGGGCCCUGAAGGGGAAGGGUGGGCAGCUCCACGGGCCCCUCUGGCGGCUGCUCUGCGGACGUGGCAGGGGCGGCGGGGAUGGUUAGACAGUCCCAGUGCCGCAGGGGAGGCUGUGGUCCUGUUAAGGCUGGCACACAGCGUGGUAGGCGGUUCAGAAGACGCAGGUGGAGAAAGCACGGGCGGCGCGUCUGCGCUUCCUGUGUCCAAGGCCACUGCAGGCGCACGCGCGGGCUCAGAGCCACAGGCGCGAGCGCAGGGUGCUUUCGUUUGCUGGGUUUCUCUCUCCCACUUGGCCGGCUUUGCUAGGGCCACCCUAACAGAGAACCGCCACCAGGCAGCUUACACACCAGACACCUGCUCCCACCCCCGGGGGACUGCAGGCCGUUGAUUCAUCCUUCGGGUACUUUCGGGGACGUCCCAGAGGCGCUGCCGUUUACCGGGAGUGUUUCCCCACAUCCUUGCCAAGAAUAUGGCGGUCACAUUUCUGUCCGUUGAACCACAAGCCAUUCUCUCUCUUGUUCUGAUUUGUUCUUGAAAUAAGUGUGCACUGCAGCCCUCGUGUGUUCUGUCGGGUGUUUUAUUUCCUUUAUUCUGAGCCACCUGUUCAUUGCACCAUUUUCCUAACGGAUGUGUGAGGGUGUUUCCACACACAGGCCAUCUGGCGAGGAGGGCCCGGGCCCCCCUCCAGGAUGGGCUGUGUGAUAAGGAAGCAGGAACCCAGCUGGGCGACCCCCUACCAGUGGUUGCAGAGCCGCCCGUGGUGGUGGCAGAUGGGUCGGAGGCCCAGGCCCCGAGGCCACAGUACGGCCAGGUCAGCCCGGCUCGUGGCGGGGCCUGUGCCCGGGGCCCUGACCAGUGCUGGGUCUGGGGAGGGGCUGUCAGGCUGGGCCCGAGCGGGGCGGGGCCCCGGGCCUGGAGGAAGGCGCGUGCAGACCCCACGGUGGCCACCAGGCGGCGCGGCACCUCCACAGCCCGCCCCGAGGCCUGGCCCGGGCGGGAGACGCUGCGAGCGGCCGCUACUGGGCAGGUGCGCGCGCACCUGGGGGGCUGCCAAUCCCCAGCCUCUUCUGUCCCUUCCUUCCAGUCCGAGAGGAGGGCGGUUCCCAUGGGUCAGAAACUUGUGGCUUCUAACACCAAGAGCUCUUCUUUUCAAAGGUUAAGGACCGGGAGAAACACACCGCGACCGCACAGGGGAGAGGCAGGGGCGUGGGGUGGGCGGGCGCGCCCCGGGGACAGCUCACAGGUAGGAAGGGGGCGUCCCUUCCAAGUGGCUUCCCACUCUUGUGACGCCCUGGUCGGCAGGUGAGGAAACUGAGGCUGUGGCCAGGCUAUUCCCAACUCCCCCGCUCCCUGGCCCGGGCGUCCACUGGGGGGAAGGCAGCGGGGUUUUCGGUGGGGGCGACCCUGACCCAGAGCUGCCCCCGCCGUCCACUGCCUCCUCCUCCAUCACUCUGUCCCCUUCCCUCCCCUGGGACCCCUGGGGGCUUCGGUACGGUCUGAGCUCCCUUGUGCCCGCCCCGCAGGAGCCUGGCAGCCUUCCCAGCCGAGGUGACUCCACAGGGCGGGCGGGGGCUGGGGAGGGCGGGGCGCUCGGAGAACCUUAAAGAGCACUCCCGGCCCGCCCAGGCCCUGCUGCCGCGGCUCCCACCAUGGCUGAGGCCGGCAAGCUCCAGCUGUUCGUCAAGGCCAGCGAGGACGGCGAGAGCGUGGGCCACUGCCCCUCCUGCCAGAGGCUCUUCAUGGUCCUGCUUCUCAAGGGCGUGCCCUUCACACUCACCACUGUGGACACCCGCAGGUCCCCGGAGGUGCUGAAGGACUUCGCCCCAGGCUCCCAGCUGCCCAUCCUGCUCUGCGACGGCGACGCCAAAACCGACACGCUGCAGAUCGAGGAGUUUCUGGAGGAGACGUUGGGGCCCCCAGAAUUCCCCAGCUUGGCGCCCAGAUACAGGGAGUCUGCCGCAGCGGGCAACGACGUCUUUCACACGUUCUCCGCCUUCAUCAAGAACCCGGUGCCCGCACAGGACGACGCUCUGCACCAGCAGCUGCUGCGCGCCCUCGCCAAGCUGGACAGCUACCUGCGCGCGCCCCUGGAGCACGAGCUGGGGCGCGAGCCGCAGCUGCGCGAGUCCCGCCGCCGCUUUCUGGACGGCGAUCAGCUCACGCUGGCCGACUGCGGCCUGCUGCCCAAGCUGCACGUCGUGAACACGGUGUGCGCGCACUUCCGCCAAGCUCCCAUCCCCGCUGAGCUGCGCGGUGUCCGCCGCUACCUGGACUGCGCCCUGCAAGAGGAGGCGUUCAAGUACACGUGUCCCCACAGCGCCGAGAUCCUGGCGGCGUACCGGCCCGUCGUGCGCCCCCGCUAGCGCCCCCGCCACCUGCCCACCCGUCUGCAGCCCCAUAAAGGCACCUCUG